AACGCUGUCGGUGAAGUCCCACACGCCACUGCUCUCACCGAGUUGCAGGCAGAGCAUAGAGGGCUUUGGGUCGGACCAGUGAUCUUUAAACCAUCUGAAUGCAACCAACAUAAUGCUGAUGUAACAGAGACUUCAGUGCCACUGGACGACAAAAGAACACACAUGGAGGGCUUUGGUCGUGGCAUGCGUUCCCAACGCGGACGUGGGGCAGACGAGGCGGAGAACUGGAGGAGCCCACGGAAGGAGGGGGGAUUUGAGAUGGGGUUCAGUCCUGGAGGCUUCAGCCCUGGGGGCCGUAGAGGAGGUGGCGGCUGGGCCCCUGGCAUGAGCCCGAAACAGAGAGGGGUCCCCCAGGGGUCCCCACGGCGGCCGGAGGAGAACUGGCGUGAUCGGGAGUAUCCCCCAGAGACGGGCCAGAGCAGGAGUAAGAGGAGGCAUCCCUCAGGGGAGAAGCAUGGGGGCCGUGGCUCAGGACUCCAUUGGAGAGAUAGGGGCACACGAGAAAUGGACAGAGUCCUGGUGAUUGACCACACCACCAAUUCCAUCUCAGACUUGCUACAGACCAUAAGCCAGCCUCUGGAUGAGACGCAGGGGAGAACAGAGGAAAGUGUGUGGUUUAGCUGCCAUUUGUGUGAUACAAAGAUGGACUCCGUGUCCAGGGCACAUUCACACCUGAGAGACCGCGGGCACAGAAGGAGGGCCAAGGAGAAGAGAGACGAGCUGAUGUUGAAGAGCAUCCCGCCUCCGGGAAAAGACCAGACAUCUGCCAUUGGCUCCGCUCUGGAGGGUGUGAUGGUGGCGGAGGGGCUAAGUGAGGAGGAUGUGCUGGUGCGGAGUGGGGUGUUGGCCCUGAUGCAGUCAGUUAUCACUCCAGUACUGCCAGGGAGUAAGCUCAGGUUGUAUGGAUCCUCCUGCACUAGGUUUGGCUUCAAAGAUUCAGAUGUCAACAUUGACAUCCAGGCCUCCUCCAGCAUGCAUCAGCCCGAUGUUCUACUGCUUGUACAGGAGACCCUAUCUAAAUGCUCUGAAUUUGUGGAGGUCCAGGGGGACUUUCACACGCGGGUCCCAGUGGUGGUGUGCCGAGAGAAGCAGAGUGCUCUGCUGUGCAGGGUGAGUGCAGGAAAUGACAGCGCCUGUCUGACGACGCAGUUCUUGUCUGCACUGGCCAGUCAGGAGCCACAUCUGCUGCCGCUGGUGCUGGGCCUCAGGCACUGGGCUAAGAUCUGUCAUGUGGACUGUGUGGAGGAGGGCGGCGUGCCCCCGUACAGCCUGGCCCUCAUGGUCAUCUGCUUCCUGCAGCAACGCAAAGAGCCCCUACUGCCAGCAUGCCUGGAGAGCACAGGGUUCUCUGUAGGGCAGCUUGCGGGCUUCUCUCUCACAGCCCUGGAGGACGAUGAGGUGCUGUGGGUGUACAGUCCCCCCCAGACAGACACACAGGUCCCCAAUGAGAGCACAGUGAAGCGUGGAAAGGUUCCACUGGUGUUUGGGGAGAGCAGCAGUGAGGUGGGCGUUGGGCUGCUGUGGGUGGAGCUCCUGCGGUUCUACGCGCUGGACUUCCAGCUGCAGGACCGCGUGCUGAGCGUGCGCACCAGCGCCCCCCUGUGGCGGGACAACAAGGACUGGCCCCGCAAGAGGAUCGCCAUCGAGGACCCCUUUGCGGUGGGGAGAAACAUAGCGCGUACCAUGAUCAGCCAGCCCAUGUUCGACUACUUCCUCCACUGCCUCAAGACCACCUACAAGUACUUCAGCCUCCGUCCCGCCCAUCCGGCAGCCAAUCACAAGCCUCGGAGCCAGCCCAGUCCUAAAGAGAGCUCGACUCCUCGCAAGGCCAGCGGGGAGGCCAAGCCCAAGGCCUGCCGCGAAUUGAACCACGUCCAGUCCGGGGUCAGGAACCUCCGAGAGACCUCCAAGGGGAGCAGUAGGAGACGGCAAAACUCCAACUGCUUGGCACAGGAGGAGCCGGAGGAGGAUGAGGAGUCCUCGGACCUUCUGGAGGAAGACGAGAGUGAGGAAGAGGACGAUUCUGAGGAGGAAGAGGUCAUGAAUCGAGAGGAGAAGAGGUGGGAGCCAUUCCAGGUGACGGCAGAGGAAGAGGGGCUAUUUGCUCUCGAUGAAGAGCUGAGCGAGGAGCACCCGUCCGACUCGGAGCGAGAGGAAGAGGUGGAGGAGGAGGAGGAGGACACUCUUCUGUCAGAGGAGGAGUCUCCUGCCGACUCCACCCCUUUAUCCCGCCCACACUCAUUCACCCCGUCCAAAUAUGGAAGUGCCGAGAAGAGCGCCGAGGCGUUGUUGAACGGCCUCCACUACCAUUUCACUAAGCAGGCCUUUACCUUGGGCAAGAAACCCACUCUGGUGUGCAGCCUGUGUAAGCGUGAUGGCCAUCUGAAGGCUGACUGUCCUGAAGACUUCAAGAAGGUGGAGAUGAAGGAUCUUCCCGCCAUGACCCCAAAGUUCCUCAAAAUCGUUGAUCAAGUGUGUGACCAGUGCUACAAGGAUUUUGCCCCAGAUGAGGUUGAGGAGCAGGUGAGGGAACACAUCCUGCAGGACCUGGAGACCUUCAUCAGACGCCAUAUAGAAGGAGCCCAUCUGAAGCUAUUUGGUUCAUCCAAGAAUGGCUUUGGCUUUAAGCAGAGUGACCUAGACAUUUGUAUGGUGCUUGAGGGCCAGGACACAGCUAUGGGGCUGGACUGCAUUGGCAUAAUCCUCAGCCUGGCUCGAGCUCUUGGCAAACACUCAGGUCUGAAGAACAUUAUUCCCAUCAUCACAGCCAAAGUGCCCAUUGUGAAGUUCUGCCAUGUGAAGACUGGCCUUGAGGGAGACAUCAGCCUUUACAACAGGCUGGGGCUGCAUAACACUGAGCUGCUGGCCUCGUAUGCCUCCAUUGACCCUCGUGUGCGGCAGCUCUGCUACACCAUGAAGGUCUUCACCAAGGUGUGUGACAUAGGGGAUGCGUCGCGAGGCAGUCUGUCAUCGUAUGCGUACACACUGAUGGUGCUGUUCUACCUGCAGCAGAGAGAGCCGCCCGUCAUUCCAGUAUUACAGGAGAUCUAUGAGGGCAAGACCAAACCUGAGGUGCUUGUGGAAGGUUGGAAUGUUUAUUUCUUCAGAGAUCUGAAGGAUCUGCCGCGCCGCUGGCCCUCAUACGGACAGAAUCAUGAGAGUGUGGGAGAGCUGUGGCUCGGGCUCCUGAGGUUCUACACAGAGCAGUUUGACUUCAAGGAGCGCGUUAUCUGCGUGCGUCAGAAAGACACGCUCUCCCCAUUCCAGAAGCAGUGGACCUCCAAAUAUAUCACCAUUGAAGAUCCCUUUGACUUGCACCACAACCUGGGAGGAGGCCUGUCCAGGAGAAUGAUCAACUUCAUCAUGAAAGCCUUCAUCAACGGCCGACGGGUUUUUGGGACACCUACGAAAGCCUUCCCCCCUGAAUACCCUGACAAAAUGGAGUUUUUCUUUGACCCUGAAGUGCUGACAGAAGGAGAAGUGGCCCCUAAUGACCGAUGCUGCCGCAUCUGUGGGAAGAUUGGACACUUUGUGAAGGACUGUCCCAUGCGCAAAAAGACCCGUAACAGGCGAGUUAGUAAUGACUGGGAGCACAACGACAGACAUAUGAAGGAGUACGACCGUCUGCGCAAACAGGAGCAGAAACGCUGCUUCAUCUGUGGGGCUAACACACAUGUGAAGAAAGCAUGUCCAUACUACAAACCAGGUGGUGUCAAACCUGAAGGUGGUUCUUUCUCCUCCUCUCCGUCCUCUACCAACCAGAUAAGAGUCGUCCCUAGAGAAAGGGAGAAGCAGAGCUCACCUCAGCUUGAAGGGAAGAAGAAGAAAAAAAAGAGGCCAAAGAAUAACCUAACCGUUGUUUUGGGACCUCAAGCAGGGAGUCUGGCUAGUCGACAUGUGUCUUUGACUCAGAAGAAGAAUCCAACGGAUUGAAACCGAAGUGCAGAUUUCUCUUAUUUCUCAUGAUUUAAUAACACCCUUCCCCCCCGACUUCCUCUACUUUUUCACCUUUCCCCUCUGUUCCAUCUCCGUUGUCCAUUUUUGUUUCUCCUCUCUCCGUCCUGUGUUCAGUGACACACAGGCUCUAGUUCCUGGGCACUAAUGUGCCGGUAAUAUACCAGUGCCACUCUUGUGUAUUCAAAUGUUCUUAAAGUCAAAGUGGACUGCAAGCCAGCGGCCUGCCCAUUCACUGGCAGUCAUUUCAGCGUUCUCUGAUUUACAGUGUUAAUAUGUUGUUUAGCGUCCCUUUGAAGUUUAGGGAUCUAUGGAUACAUACUAGCAGUAAUGGCAGUCUGAUGCCACAACUCCCCUCCAAACACAAGCGUACAGAUGAUGUGUGCCUGUAAAGGUACGUCUAGAAGCUCAGAGAGCUCAUGUCUCAGAAGGGCAGACUGUGGCUGCCGGAUAUGUUUGUGUUAGAAGAGGCAGGGUCAGUACUUAAGCUUUGUUUCGCAUUGUUAAAGAGAGGCAGUCUGUGCUGAAGCCUCCUUCAUUUUACCUCCAUCUGUGAGGAACCUUUUAAAGUCCUUACUUUUUUAAAAGCGUGAUGCAUGAUGUUCCUUUAACUCCACAGCUUUUUUAAUUUAUUGUUUUUUAUCUUUUAAUUAGACAUUUUAUUUGUCUCAAACACUGUCAAGUGUCAACCCUCUACUGUCUGUCUCCGUUCUGCACUGAAGAGCCAGUAGGCGGUGUGUGCUGUGUUCUGUGCUGUUCUCUGUGAAUGAGACCGUAUGUGCUUGCGAGUGUGUUAACAGGACAGUGUGGGUGUGCUUGCAUGAGGUAUCUGUUGUAUGUGUGUAAUGCGUGAUUGUUUUUGUCUGUGGCACUUGUUUGAGAUGAGCUGUACAGAGCACAGAGACAACUGAAUGUGUCCAAGAGGGGUUUGGGUAUGUAGCUUUAUUUGCCAAGUGAGUUUUUCUUAAAUUCUUGUUUAUGAUUUUAUUAUGUGGACUGCUGAAUUUGCUGCUACUCAAAUAAAAUUUCUUUAACGAUA